ACACUGUUUGCUGUUUCAGGGUGAAGAACUUUGUGGCGAUGAAGGUGGUGAAGAGUGCUCAGCAUUACACAGAGACAGCACUGGAUGAGAUCAAACUGCUCAGAUGUGUGAGAGAGAGUGACCCCUCUGACCAAAACAAAGAAAUGGUGGUUCAGCUGAUAGACGACUUCAAGAUCUCUGGAAUCAACGGAAUACAUGUGUGUAUGGUGUUUGAGGUUCUGGGGCACCAUCUUCUAAAAUGGAUCAUCAAGUCCAACUACCAGGGCCUUCCUCUACCCUGUGUCAAGAGUAUUAUCAAACAGGUUCUGCAGGGCUUGGACUACCUCCACAGCAAGUGUAAGAUUGUCCACACGGACAUCAAGCCGGAGAACAUCCUGAUGUGUGUGGACGAUGCGUUUGUCCGCCGCAUGGCCGUGGAGGCCACAGAGUGGCAGAAGGCCGGGGCACCCCCGCCCUCUGGAUCAGCAGUCAGCACAGCACCACAGGUCAAAUCGGUGGGGAAGAUCUCGAAGAACAAGAAGAAGAAGCUGAAGAAGAAGCAGAAACGUCAGACCGAGCUGUUGGAGAGACGCAUGCUGGAGAUCGAGGCCCUGGAGAAAGAGGCUGAGAAACAGAGGGCCACAGAGGGCCCCGAAGGUGAGGGGUUGACCCACUCCCCAAAACACACACCCCGCAACGCGGCACUGGGGCCCGCCGUCGCACUGGGUGAGAGCGAUGACGACGAUGAUGACGAUGAAGAGGAUGGAGACGAGGAGGAGGAAGGAGAGGCGGAGAGGGAGAGGCCCACCAGGCUAACCAAUCACACUUGUGCUGCCCUGCCCCGGGAGCAGUCAGAGGUUCCCACCACGCCAGAGGCAGCAGCAGAGCCGGAGGGGGAGCCCACCCCCAGCCCUGCUCCAGACACAGAGACACAGACCCCCACGCCCACCCCCACCACACCUGGGGAUGGCAACACAGCCAAUCCAGAGAGCGAGGCGGAGGAGGAGGACGAGAAGGAGGAUUGGAAAGAGGCCGUAAAGGAAGAGGAAGAGGAGGAGGAGGAUGGGGAAGAUGACGAAGAGGAUGAAGAGGACUUGGUUACAGCUCCGUCCGAGCCACCGCCGGCGGUAGAGAAAGAGGAGAAGGAUAGGAGGACAGAGGAGGAGGAGAAGAGUGAGGAGACCAAGGAGCAGGAAACGGACAAAGAGGAAGAGGACGAUGACGACGAUGAUGACGAUGAUGAUGAUGAAGAAGACGAUGACGCCGAUGAAACAGAGACGGGCGCUAACGACCUCAGCAACUCCAUAUCCACCGCCACGGGCCAGAACAACAACACCCCCAAAACCAACGGCCACGUCCUACUGGGGGGUGAGGAGAGGGAGAGGGAGAGAGGUCCCAGAGCCAACCAUCCAGUCCCUACCUCCUCCCCCAUCCAUCUGCACUGCCCCCUGGUGGAGUCAGAGUUCAGCUGCACGGACAGGGACCAAAGCUCCCUCAGCUCCUUCUAUGAGCUCUUCAACGGCGAGGUGGUUACGCCAGGCCUGACCAACGGGGCGCAGCGCCACAGGGGCACGGCGCCACGCUUCCCCGAGUUGCCGCUGGACCCCGACCCGGGAAUCCCCGUCACAGUGGGCGGAGCUGGUCACACAGGGGGUGCGACCUCCCCUCACAGCCCCACUGCAGACCGCAGCCGUACUGUGUCGUUGUCUAGCACCGGGGACAUGCCUAAAGCCAAGGCCAAAGCAGCAGACCUGCUGGUUAACCCCCUGGACCCCCGCAACGCUGACACACUCCGAGUCAAGAUAGCUGACCUUGGCAACGCCUGCUGGGUGCACAAGCACUUCACAGAGGACAUCCAGACCAGACAGUACCGCUCCAUAGAGGUUCUGAUAGGAGCUGGCUACAGCACUCCUGCUGACAUUUGGAGCACCGCCUGCAUGGCGUUUGAGCUGGCUACAGGAGACUACCUGUUUGAGCCCCACUCUGGGGAGGACUACUCCCGGGAUGAGGACCAUAUUGCCCACAUCAUUGAGCUGCUGGGCGUUAUUCCACGGCACUUUGCGCUCUCCGGAAAAUAUUCCCGGGAGUUCUUCAACCGAAGAGAUCACAUCGCUCUGAUCACGGAGCUUCUGGGGAAGGUUCCACGCAAAGUGGUCGCCGCCGGGAAGUACAGCCGAGAGUUUUUCUCCAAGAAAGGUGAGCUGAGGCACAUCACCAAGCUGAAGCCCUGGUCCCUGUUUGAUGUGUUGGUGGAGAAGUAUGGCUGGGCCCCUGAGGACGCCGGCCAUUUCACCCACUUCCUGCUGCCCAUGCUGGAGAUGGUCCCCGAAAAGAGGGCCUCGGCUGGGGACUGCCUCAGCCACCCCUGGCUCAACUCGUAGCGACACCAGCCCCCCCCCCUAGUGGCAGCCUCCACACACUGCUCAAAGCUAGGCACUCAAGACUGGAGCGAGAGGGAGAGGGGGGAGGAGGAGAGGGAAAUGGGAGACUUUCUCGGGUCCUGCCCUGCCUCGCCCUGAGCCCUCCACACACACACACACACACACACACACACACACACACACACACACACACACACACACACACACACACACACA